AUGCAUAAACCUAGAAGACGGCUUUCACAGACCUCCGUCAGACACUUGGUCCGAGCCGGGAGUAGCCAGUUAAGCUGCAAAUUGGAGACAGCGUUCCCCACACAAGCAUGCCCACUACCAGUACCUCUCUCGUACACACUCGCCACACUAUUUUACUUAAGCACCCUGGGUGCGAGCGCGCCCCCAUCAGGACCCACAGACACCACGAGAGGUAGUGUGCACGCUCUAAGGGCGUCUAACGGACAUGAGCGUGAACUCUUUGAAUUUGCGGAAGGCAACGUACCCCUAUAUAAGGCGCGCCAUCGCGACACGCGGCGCCAGAAGCGGUCUGUAGCCAAGACAGCACCUCACCGAGCCGUUGGUUCCAGUUCGAGUCCUGACCCGGGGAUUGCUACGAACGCCACCGCAGACUUUACAGAAGCGCGACACUUCGUCGACAGCACUCAGGUCAUGGAAUCUCAUUCCGGGUGCAGCCACACUGACGCCGACUAUCGCAACAUGGGAGUCGACGGCGACGGAGAACUGCGUGAUGUGCCGCCUACCGUGACCUCGGUGGUUGUGACGGGGAGAGACGAGGCUACACGGUCCGAACCUGAGGUUGGAAGAGCAGCAGCAGCAGCGAACAACCUUGGCGAGGGAGGGGCCACCCCCUCGGAAGUCGAAACCCGUCCGGGCGGUGGCGGUGGCGUCCACGAGCGCCCGCUGCCGCAGGCGGAGGUGGCCCCCAUGGCCGCGGAGGGGCCACAGGUCGCUGGGAGGAAGCGGCGCCGCAUCCGCGCCGCUUUUACGCGGUUGCAGGUGCAGGAGCUGGAGACUUUUUUCCACCGCGGCCACUACCCCGACUUGUUCCAGCGAGAGCAGAUUGCAAGACGCCUGAAUGUGACUGAAGCCAGAGUGCAGGUUUGGUUUCAGAACCGAAGGGCCAAGUGGAGAAGACACCAGAGGGCACUGAUGUACAGAAAUCUGAUCCCCAUUGCCUUUGGCCCCCCUAUGGGGGUAAUCAUUGAUGGGGCCUAUGCUGCCAUCCCUGUUCUGGAGCCUACAUGGAGAUUUUUUCCUCUGGUGCCAGGUCCAAUCAUGCCACCAGGGCCACCCCCACCACCUGGGCCACCCCCACCACCUGGGCCACCUCAGCCUCCUAGGCAGCCCGUAAUGCCUGUGCCACUCCCGCAACCUGCGCCUGCGUUCGCUUUUGCUCCAGUAGGUAUGGCAUGGGCCCCUGUCAUCAAUGGUCAUUUUGUAGGCCCCUUUUUCUGAAGUAUGGUCUUCAUGACAAUUUUUCCAAAGUAUUUUUCU